AUUUUGGUUUGUUGUUUAUUUUGGUUAUUUUGGUUUUUCAAAAAUUCUGAUUUUUCAUUUUUCUAAUCAGAAAAUCAGAAAUCAGCUGAGGUGUUUGAAAAAUUUGAAAUUUGAAAGUUCUCCUGGAUUGAUUGUAAUUAAUAUUAUGAACACGUAAUUUUACAGAACAGAACAAUGGCUGAAACCAAGACAGCAACUGGUAAAAAAAUGAAGUAUUCCAAAACGAAGCUCAUGAAAGCACUAGAGGCUCUGAUACAAGGAAAAUAUAAACUCUGCGAAGCUGCCAAAAUAUACCAAAUACCCCGGCAAACCUUGGCUGAUAAAAUCAAAGGUCGAAGACCAUUCGGAUACUGCAAACCUGGCCCACAAGCUGUACUAGGUACCGAAAUCGAAUCAAAACUGGAAAAUUGGCUGUUGGAAAAUCACAAAUGUGGAUUUCCUUUAGAUCGAGAAAGCGUCGAAUUCUCCGUUAAGCAUUUAAUCGAACAAAUUCCAGAAUCGGCCAGGCAUUCGAUACCGUUCAAAAACAACACUCCUGGAAAAGGAUGGUUUAAAAGUUUUCGAAAACGACAUCCUCAGUUGCUAAAACACUCGAGUCAAAAAUCGUUCGAUGUUUUAGUAGACGACGAUGUGAUACAAUGGCAUGAAAAUAUCGAAUCACUCCUGAAAGAGAAACGAUGUUCGGAAUUGCUCCAAGAUCCGAGUAGAAUUUGGGUAAUGAAUGAAAUCGUCGUAGCUGUCAAUAAAGAUAGCAGUUUAACGUCGUUGAAUAGAAAAUGUUCGCAUAAAUUAGCUUCCAAGACGUAUAGCGAGAACACGUACGCGUUUUUUCUAACUGCCAAUGCUGCAGGCACAAUAGCACCUCCUUUGAUUAUCACGAAGAAUUCGAAAAUAUUCGCCGAUAUGGCUGAAAAGGUGUCUGGUAAAUGGGGAGUUUUGUCUAGUGAAUCUUGCCUACUCACCGGCGAAUCUUUCUUCGAAUACGUUAGCAAUAUACUUCAUCCUUAUCUGGUUGAAACCAAAGCCACCUUUCCAAUCGUUAUAUUUAUCGACGAGGAUUUCUUCUGUACGAGUUUACCAUUGAUGGAAUUUUGCCAAUGUAACGAAAUCGUUCUUUUGGCAAUCCCUAGAAACGCGUCUCAAUUCCUCAAUCCUUUAAGUACAAUGUCUGGAUUCCCCUUGGAAGUGCUCAGAGAUCAGGAUUGCAUGAGAGUACGGUACGAUUCGGUCAUUCAGCACCCUGCCAUAUCUUUAGUCGAAGAUUUACUUUCAAAGGUUACCAUACAGAGGUAUAUUGUGGAUAAAUUCAAAUCAUGUGGUAUGUAUCCGUUUGUUUACAUCGAAGAACCGACGACGAGCAGUGAGGAGCCAGCUUCUGUACUGAAACAAGAACGGUCUACGUCAAUUAGUAAGAAAUCUGAAAACCGUGAUUCAAAAUAUAUACCUGGCGAGGGGCGAAAAAAUAUUUCAGAUUCGUAUCAGCUUAGCUCAAACGAUCGUAAAAAUUCAACGUCAGAUGAACCAAGUGAUAAUAUGGAUAACACUGAUGACCAUUUACAAUCGAGUGAUGAUCCUGAUGAAAUCAUUGUCGUUGAAGAAAUUGUGAUUUAUUGAGAUGUUUUGAUAAUUUUUUUUUUAUGUUUACUCUAAAUGAGCUGUUUCAUUUUGUUCAACUCUUUCUAUAUUGAUUUUUAUCGAGUGUUUGAAUAUAACUUUGUUGUAAUA